AAAACAACAACAACAACAACUUUUGAAAUUUCUGUAACCAAUACAUAUUUAUUCUUUUUUGGGGAUCCCUGUUUGAUGUUGGAAUCAUUUCCCAUUUCUCUCACUGCACAAACUUUGCUUCACCAUACCAAAUUCCCUCCUUCGCAAUGGCUUCCCUUCUUUAGGCUCUCUGCUUUUCCUCCCCCUAUUUUCAGGGAAUUGAUUCAGUUGAUCAUUGGUUUCCUCUCACAAUCACCCUCGAAGAGUCGACAAUGGAUCAUGGCAACAAGUCGACGGGAAUCAAGCAGAUCGUUAGACUCAAAGGGAUGCUUCAAAAAUGGCAAACUGCGACAUUUAGGUCUCGACCAAAUUCCCACAACUCACAACGAAACCAUGGCCACGGGGAUGUGUCGGGAUCAAUCAACAAAGUUCAAACAGAAAAAAGGUAUUGCGAUUCCGACGAGGAUGGAUGCUACAGCCCUGAACCAGCACCUGAUGUUCCAAAAGGAUAUUUCGCAGUGUAUGUAGGGCCUGAGCUUCGAAGGUUCAUCAUCCCCACCAGCUACCUUAGCCACCCAGUUUUCAAAAUACUGCUCCAACAAGCUGAGGAGGAAUUCGGAUAUGAUCACAAUGGUGCCCUUACUCUCCCUUGUGAGAUUGAGACCUUCAAAUAUCUCCUCAAAUACAUAGAUCAAAACCAACCUAAGAGUCACAACGUUGGAGGAGGAAGCCCUGUUUCUGAACAUGUCCUAAUUUGUUUUUAGCAUUAUUAAACCAUUUUUAAACUUAUUUACCAAUAUAUCUCUCUCUCUCUCUCUCCCCCCCCAACCUCCACACAUAUAUAUCACGUAUAUGCUCAUGGGACAAGUUCAUAUUGCUUUAUCUUCAUUAACAGUCUUAAACUUUUUUCCUACUAUCAGAAGUUCUAUAUCAUUGAAUUUUAUGUAAUGUUGUUAUUUAUCCGGUGUCGGGUUUUUUCCUCCUAUGGAGUAUGUAUUUUAAUUUACCCCUUUCCUUACAAAUUUGUAAUAUUCUUUGUAAAAGGCCAACCAUGCAUGGUUUUCCUCCAUGUGAAAUUCUAUUCUCCCAUGAAGAGAAAUUGAAAUUUCUGUGAUAAUUUAUUGAGGUUGUUAAUUCCA